AAUGACCUGAUUUGGUUGCGGCGAGUGUCUCUGAUGUCAACAGGUGACUCUCACUCAGCUCAUUAGCUAGCUGAUACACCCAGACUUUUUGUCUUUUGAUGACACUUGCAAAGACAGUUUGCCUUUUUGCAGCGCAGCUCCUGAUGAGUAACUCCAAGCCCGUACAUGAAUUGACACAAAACGUCUGUGUUUUAAACUAGAGGACUGAGGUUCACUCUGCAUUUUUGACUGCUGUAUUAAGAACUCUGACACAAGUGAAGGACCUUAGAGAGAUUGCUGUUUGGCUACAAAGAUGAGUGUUGGGCUGACACAACCCAUCUGUAUGGAAAUGGCUCUGUCUCUACUCAUUUUGCCUGGGGUUUUGUGCACCAACUGGCUUGUGGUAUAUCAAGAUGUCUGUGCAGUAAGAGGCUCUUCUGUUGUCAUUUUCUGCACAUAUCACUAUCCUGAGAUGGUUGUUAACAAGAACCUUACAGUGGAAAAAGUUAUGUGGAGUCAAGGGAGGAAACAGUUUUUUGAUGGCCCUUUCAUCAUUGAUAGUAAUAGUAGAACUCAUACCGGCACCAAAUUUGAGUAUGUUGGUAACAAAGUUCAUAAUUGUUCUUUGCAAAUCCACCAAGUAGAGCAGAGAGACAGUGGAGAAUAUGCAUUCAGAUUUGAAACUAAUAACGGCGGCAAGUGGACGGGAAGUAAUGGUGCAAAAGUGAAUAUUUCUGAGUUGAUCAUUUCGAUGACAACACCCAAAGUACACGAACCAAUAAAAGAAGGGGAUUGUGUGAAUCUGACCUGUAUGAACAACUGUUCAUCUGCAGUUAUGUGGUUCAGGAAUGGAAAACCCCUGCAAGAGGAGUCCUCAACUCUUUACCUCUGUGACAUUUCCUUUCAAGACUCUGGAAACUACUCAUGUUCACCAAAGCAUUACAAUAGACCACUUUCUGAGGUUAUCGGGGUCAACGUUGAAUAUGGCCCUAGGAAUCCCUCAGUCUCAGUCUGGCCGUCAUCUGAAGUAUUGGAGGGUAGUGAUGUUACUUUGACCUGCAGCAGCAAUGCUAACCCAACAUUGAACUACACUUGGUUUAAAAUAGAUGGAGAGAGUUGUCUGGAAAUGGUAUCUCAGGCUGAGCUACAGUUUAAUGUUACUCACACUGGUAAUAGUGGGAAAUACUUCUGUGUCGUCAGCAAUAAGCAUGGAAGACAGAAUUCCACUAUUCUAUCUCUGAAAGUCAAAGAUCAUGCAAAGGGGAUGGCAGCUGUGACACUCACAAUACUUGUUGCAGUUCUUGCUGUAGUGCCAAUGAUUGUCAUUUUGCCGAUGGUCGCUUGGCAUCUUGUUGCUCACAGGAAAAAGACUACAGCACCAAAAUCAGACACAGAAGAGAACACACAGACCACAGAAGCGCAUGUAACCAGCCCCACGUCAGACUGUAGCCUGACAGAAGAGCGGAGAGAGGAGGAUCCAUCUCAACAGGAUGAAGUCAUCUAUGCAACAGUGCACAACAACACCAAGCAAAAGGCAAACAUACAACAGCAGGACGAGGAAGCUACGCCCAUCUACAGCUCUAUAUGGGAGCAACAAGCCAAGGAGGAUCUCUACAGUGUAGUAUCCAGGUACCAACCUGUUCUAUCCUCUCUGCAACAAGGACAAUUACCGUCGCAAUGCCCACUCCUAGGGGGAAACAGGCCCAGGAUGACCCAGUCAUUUACAGCGCUGGGAUCAGGCAGUAGUUGAGAUGUUGUCUGGCUAACGAAACUCCUUGCUCUGAACAAACGCUAUGCCACACCCACGGAUGUUAGUGUCUUCUGGAUCUGAGUACCUUCCUGACAAUUUCUAGAAUGCAAACACAUUCUAACCGCUCUGAUUGGUCCCAGAAACCGAUGGUUUGGGCCAGAGCCAGAACACACGUGGAUAAAGCGCAUAGAUAGAGGACUCAUCUUUUUAUCUGUGACAGCAUGUGCAGCACCAUUGAGGCUAUCUUCAUUUUGAAGUAGUCAAUUUUCUUCUUCAGGUUGGCUGAUCCCUCCUGAUGAACCGGUUGGACAUGACUCCAAUAUGGCCACCAGGAGGGAUCAGCCAAUAAAUGUUGGAAGUCCCACCCAGUUGAUUACAUUAAAAUGGUGGAAGCCUUCAAUGGCGCUUUGAAAAUUCUUCAUUGGCUUUGAUACUCUGAUUGGUUAGAGAUGAUCCAAUUGCUGAUGACCUCAUUUUCGUGGUAUCCAAUUGUUAGUAGUUACUGUCUUGUCUCAUCGCUACAACUCCUGCACGGACUCCCUCUCCCGAGUCUGUGCUUCUUAACACAGCGUGCAUCCAACCCGGAAGCCAGACGCACCAAUGUGUCGGAGGAAACACCGUACAUCUAGCGACCUGGUCAGUGCGCACUGCGCCCGGCCCGCCACAGGAGUCGCUAGUGCCGGCCAAACCGGCCGCGGCCGGCUGCGACAGAGCCUGGGCUCGAACCCAGAGUCUCUGGUGGCACAGUGCCUUAGAGCACUGCGCCACCCGAGAGGCCCAUUUGAUGACCUCAUUUUGACGUCACCACAAACAACUUCAACGCUGUCAGUCUGACUGAAAUACAUAGCAAACAGAACGGCUGAAGAUUUCAGUUACCUUGAGUCGUCAGGCAAGUUGAGAUGGUGAACCUCACACAAUGGACCCUGAGGAUCUAUUAGACUCCACUAGAGGUCAGAACAGAGCCUCUGCAUGAUGAAUGAACUCACAGCUGUGAACAGAGGAAGAGAUUAUGAUAUCUGCAGUACACCUGAGACAAUGCAGAUGGCCACCUUGGAUAUCUGCAGUCCACUCAUGUAGUCUUAAUUCCAUAAGAAUAAAGACGCCAAUAUUUUGAUACAUUGUUUAUUUUUGUUUUACGUUUUAAAUGUAUUUCACUUAGUCAUAUGCAUCUGGCAAUGCAUUUUACUUCCUUUAAUUUUAAAACUCUUUCCUGCAGUCAAACGACCAAAAGCACUCUCAUAGGUAGAAUGUUCAUAUUUUUUAUAAUUUCAUAACUAAUAAACAUUAUAUCCGGUGUUCUAUUUAAAGAUGGUUUGGUUAUAUUUCAGUCUUCUAUAAUGUAUAUAAAGUGUAAUAUUGGGAUGCAAAAUGGAAUAACUCUAUAUCUGACAUGGUACAGGUGUCUUCUUUUUUAAGCCCAUAACCAUGUGUGACAUAUAUACUUCUGUUUCAAAGUAGAUUUAUUAAGACUACCAAGAAACACUGUGACCCUGAUUUAGCCCACUGCAGAAAAAAGUACUUUAACUUAAUUGUAUGUACUUUAUAGCUAUCCUUAACCAUUAUACUUUACAGUCUUAAGUAAACAUUUAAAUAAAAACAUGAAGCGUA